AUGUCAACACAUGGGCUCGGACAACCAGGGGCAUGGCGAGCCACACGAUUCGCGGGCAUGGCGGACCACCGCAUGGCAGAUGAUGGGAAGGGUGUGGGAGGCAGCGGCGAUGACUCCGGGGUUGGGAGUAAAAAGAGAACUGGAAAGGCCAAUUGGCAAAAGCGCGCCAAGAUCUUCAAGCGUGCCGAGCAGUACACGCGCGAGUACAAGAACCAGGAGCGCGAGCAGAUCCGCCUUCGCAGGGCUGCCAAGGCUUCGGGCGAUUUCUACGUCGAGGCUCAGCCCAAGCUCGUGUUCGUCAUCCGUCUGCGUGGUAUCUGCAACAUUGCGCCCAAGCCCCGCAAGAUCUUGCAAUUGCUGCGUCUCUUGCAAAUCAACAAUGGCGUCUUCCUUCGUCUGACCAAGGCCACCGCACAAAUGCUGCAAUUGGUUCAACCUUACGUCACUUACGGCCCUCCCAACCUCAAGUCUGUCAGGGAACUCAUCUACAAGCGUGGAUACGCUAAGAUCGACCGCCAAAGAAUUCCUUUGUCCGACAACAGCAUCAUCGAGAAGCACCUCGGCCAAUACGGUAUCAUCUCCAUUGAGGACCUUGUUCACGAGAUCUACACAGUCGGCCCGAACUUCAAGCAGGCAAACUCCUUCUUGUGGUCCUUCAAGCUCCCCAACCCCAACGGUGGAUGGGCCAACCGCAAGUUGACUCCGGUUGUGCAAGGUGGAGACGCCGGUGACCGCGAGGACGCCAUCAACAAGCUCAUUCGACGCAUGAACUAAGCCUGUCGAGCAGCCGCUUCUUCAGGAUUUCUCUUUCACUGUCUCGCUUGUUCAACGUCAUCUCCAACAUUACGAUCUCUUGCACCUUACACGCCCUCCCCAAAAAAAAACCAUGCUCACUUCAAGGCCGUGCGCAACGCGCAAGUCCGCUUGUACACAACCAAUCACACGCUGCUCAUGGCGCUGAGGCUUCCCGCCAUGGGCCAUUCAGGCGCUGCAAUCUUCGCAUGAAUGAUUGAUG